UUUUUUGCUUUCCUGGUGAAAAUUAGUGAUCAUUCGUCGCUGCUGUUUCUUCCAGAAAAUAGUAAAUAUUAUUAUUAAAAUUUGUUGUUGUGUAAACUAAAAUCUCAGAGUGCACUAGUAUACAAGGAGCUGAAGUUACGUGGUUACUCACUAAAUAGCAGCACAAACACGCCAAUACGGGUUUUCGAUGCUUAGGAUCCGCAUCAAAAUGGGUCCACAACAGCGUUAUAAGGAAUGGACGUGCUGCUUUGGUUUGCAUGUCCACACAGCCACCAUUAUGAUUGGCCUUUGGCAUUUGUUUCUAAAUAUAUUAGCACUCAGUCUACUUGCCAUUAUAUGGCGCAAUCCGACCAUGAUGGAGGAGCUCGAGAGUGGCUACGAUUAUACUGUGGAUUUGAGCGCACCGCCAUUACCAACACCACUAAGCAAGGUGGAUCCUCCAUACCCAUAUCGGGAUCAUUCGCUGAGCUAUCGCAAGCAAUACCAUAACUUCGAUAUGGGCGGCUUGGUUUGUACCUGCAUGAUUGCCAUUACGAUGAUGAUGAUUUAUGGUACUCUAAAGGGUAAACCCUCACAUCUUUUGCCAUUUUUCUGCCUACAACUGUUUGAUUUUGCCAUAACCACUCUAACCGCUGCCGGCUACAUCUGUUACCUUCAAGCCAUACACCGUCUAAUUGCCGAAUCUCAUCGCUUGCCAUGGCGCGAGAAAUUGCUUGAGAUGUCACAAGAAGAACUAAUGGUCAUCGUUUUGGUGGUUUUCUUUUGCAUUGUAUUCUUGAAAGCCUAUGCCAUUGGCAUAGUUUGGCGUUGCUAUAAAUAUCUUACGCUGCGACAACAAGAUCUACGCACCUUGCUACCGUGUGUUUUACCGGAAUUGGGUGGCGCCGGUUUGACGGGCGAAGAACGCGCCUAUACCACACUCUUGCCAAAUUAUGAUGAGGCCAUUGCACAAUAUAUGAAGCAGGCGCCACCGCCAUCCUAUCAGGUGGCCAUGUCAAAUUAUCAGGGUGUCGAUGCUCAGGUAAAUAACGCUAAUAAUGUGCCGGAUACCGUCGGUGCAGCGGUGGUCACCAUUGACGACACGUUGGACAAUAAUAAUGAUUCACCGAACAACAACAACACAGUUCACGUAAAUGCCAAUACACCGCCAAUGCGGCGUAAUGAGGCUGUCACUGAGGGUACUGAGUUGGAAAGUGUUGGUGUUGAAGCUGUUACUGCUCCGCCCGCUGCAGAUGUUGCCGCAACUGGACAAUUGACACCACCACCAUCCUACUUAGAUGCUGCUGAUGGUAUUUCCAGUCCAUCUGCAGAAAAACUCUUUGUGCCAGCUCAAGCUAUACAUCGUCAAGCAGACAAUAGAAAUGAGAGUCACGCUUAAAGUAGUGAUGGCUGGUGUUAGGUAGUGCAUGUGUGGGUAGUUGUCAAGUGUCGUUGAGUGCAGUAGAGCGUGAUUUUGGUUUCCCAAAAAUAACAACUGAUGAAGGUUCGGCUUUUGCGUUAGAAUGAGCAUUAUAUUUAACGAGAAAGUGGUUUUGAAUAGUAAUUCUGAGAUCAACUGUCACAAGAGACAUGGAUACUAAAAUUGAUUUUGUUAAAAUUAAACGCACGACUAAUGCAGUGGAAAGUUCGUAAAUAGUUUUUUAAGUUUACGUUUAUUGACAGCGAAGAUUUUUUAUUUAAAAUUUGAAAUAUAUAUAUAUUUUUAAUAAAUUUAAAGAAAUAUUAUUGUACCUUUGCUGGUUAUUAUUACAAAUAACAAAAAAAUUUCAAUUUACAAUAUUUGUGUAAGAAUAUUACAAAACUGCAAAUCGUUAAAGAAGAUUAAGAAAACAACUUAGGUCGAUUCCUAACAGUCACCUGAAAAAACUAAAAAGCAGUUGAAAAAUGCAUAAAAUAAUAAAAUUGUCAACAUUUUCGCUCUGAAUGUACUCUCAAUAUCAUUAUACACUGCAACAAAAACAGAAAUGAGUAAAAUUAUAAAUACAAAUAUGUAUGAAUGAUAAAUGGUGUUUAAAGUGAAAGGAAAUUUAAGAAAAACAAUGUUUUUAAAAUGAUAGCGUACUGAAUAAAACUAAAAUUUAUACAGAAACUACUUAACCAAAAAAAAAAAAAAAAAACAAAAAAUGGUGCAACAGUAGAAACUUGAUAAGCAUACAAUACUAAUAUACGCAUAUUUGAAGAAAAAAUUCACGAACAUUUGAAAUAAAAUGUCUAAAGGCCGAGAGUAGGCGGACAUAUAGGCCUCAAAUAUUGACGUUUUUAAUAUGUAAACAAAGAACUGGCGAAGUCAUAUAUUAAAAGUAGCGUUAAUAUAACCAA